CGAAAAUAAAAUAAUAACCUUUACUUUUUGCUAAUUUUUUUUUCUUUUCUUGGUUUGGGAGGGUUGUCAUCUGGCAAUCCCGGUUGACCGAAGUCCUUGUCGCAGUUUUCUACCGGCGGAUGCUCCCAAAUUCCCUGUUUUACUAUUUGAAAAGAUAAAUGGCCGGCACAGAUGAAGAUGUUGAUAUGUCAGCAUUGAAAUCACAGCUAAACCAAACUCAAACAAACUGGAAGCAGGAAAUAAAUAGAAAUCGUUCGCAAGUUGAUGACUUGCAAGAGAAGCUCAUGGAAGUUAAGGCAUGCGUAAAAGGGUCAGAGGCAGAGGCAAAGAAAGAACUAGGUGUUCUAUGGCGGAGAGUUAAAACAUCUGCAACAUUAUUGACAUACUUGAAAUCUAAAGCCAGAAUCAUGGCUAUUCCUAAUUUGGCUCAUACAUCCUGUGGUAUCAAACAAAUCGAUGGCGUUGGCCUUGUUGAUAAAAAUGGUGUACCGCUGUCUGGAUGGUCAAGGAAUGUAGAUAUAUCUUCCUUGGAUAGCGCAGAUGAAGACACGUGGACUGCACUUAGCAGUGCAGAGGGUUCUCUUGAUGAACAAGAUGGGGCCUAUAUAAAUGAGUUACUCCAAAGCGUACAAUUGGUCACAGAUGUUAUGGAAGGUCUUGUCAAGAGAGUUCUUUUGGCCGAAACUGAGACAGCUGUUGAGAAGGAAAAAGUAACUGUUGGCCGGGAAGAAAUAAAACGGAAGGCAGUUCAAAUCGAGAACAUGUCUGUAAAACUAGAGGAGAUGGAACAGUUUGCAAUGGGCACAAACAAUGUUUUGAAUGAAAUGAAACAGAGGGUUGAAGAUUUGGUUGAAGAAACUACUAGACAAAGACAGAGAGCUUCUGAAAAUGAGCAGGAGCUUUCUCGUGUUAAGCGAGACUUUGAAUCCCUGAAAUCAUAUGUCAGUACUCUGAUUAGUGUGAGGGAAACACUUCUUUCAUCAGAGAAGCAGUUUCAGACAAUUGAAAAGCACUUUGAACGGCUUGUUGCGAAAACAUCCCAGUUGGAAGUCGAAAAGCUGCAGAAGGAAGUUGAGGUCCAGAAACUCAUGGAUGAGAAUGUUAGACUGAGUGCUCUCUUGGACAAGAAAGAGGCACAGCUUGUGGCCAUGAACGAGCAGUGCAAGCUUAUGGCAUUGAACGCUUCCAACAUUUAGUUUGGCGUACUUGAAAUCCUAUAACAGGUAGCCGGAACCUCUCUCUCUCUUCCGCGACUCCACUCUCAAUUUGCUGGCUUAUGUUACCAUAUCAUGAGAGCGGGCUAUUCUGUUGUUUCAUUAAAUGGGAAAUCAUGAGUUGAUGAUGUUGAUUGGAUACUUGUUGAGAUUUGUACUCUUGAGAACUUUCUCCAUCAACUUCUCUUGCAGUGAUUGUGUUGUUGUGCCGUUA